AUGGAAGCGCUAUCUCCGUAUAUCGAGAAAAGGUUGGUGAAAUGGAGAGCAUCAACCACUCACCGAAUGGAGAACUACGAUUCGGACGGUAAAUAUCCCGGAAGUAGGCAACAAAGCGCUUCAAUGACCUAUUUUUUGACGGGCCAGAGCGGGACGCCGAGACAAGAGGGAGAACGCGAAGAAAGAAAGAGAGAAAAAGGAGGGGGGACCGCCGAGGACGAGGCGAACGACGUUGAGAGGAAGGCCAGAAAGGCGAAACGAGCCUUGCCGAAUCGGGAAAGCGAGGACGAACGGCUUCUUCGUCAUCGGCAAAGCUUUACAAAUGCCCGCUGCUCCGCCCUCGUGCUACGAGUCGGCACCGGUGCCUUGGCCAGCCCCCCUCCCAUUUCAACGCUUUUCUCCCGGAAUAGAGCGUCGGCCUUCAAAAACUCAAAGAUCGCUAGCGCUUUGUCUCUUUCAAGUUCAAGGCCUGUAUACGCCAUGUUCUCCCAUCGCUUCGUUGGUGCCCAUGCGGCCAUGCCACGUUCACCUCGACCGUGGUUCUACUACUAUCAGUCGUUCUCCGACUUCUUCCAAGAAGUGCCUUGUCCCUGA